UCCAUAAAAGGGAGCGGCGGGGUUGGGGGCCCCGGAUCGAACCCUCCCCGCCCGGGGCCGUGACGCCCUGAAGUCCGUGGCUGGCGGGGCGGCCGGGCGAGCAGCGGGUGAGCUAGGCGGGCCGCGGGCCCGGCGUGGUCCGGAGUAGGAGGCGGCCGCUACAGGCGGCGCGCCGAGGUCUGUGCGUCGGUCCUCGGCUAUCGGGUCGCCCUUCUUCGCCUCGCCAUGGCCCUGAGAGCCGAGGGCGCCGCGGCGCUGGAUUGCUUCGAGGUGACGCUCAAGUGUGAGGAAGGGGAGGACGACGAGGAGGCCGUGGUGGUGGCCGUGAUCCCGCGGCCCGAGCCGAUGCUCCGAGUCACCCAACAGGAAAAGACGCCGCCACCUCGGCCUAACUUGCUGGAAGCAGGUGUCGAAGGCUGUGAGGAGUUCAAGCAGCAAGUGUCAUGGGAGCAGGAGUUCCUGGUGGGGAACAGCCCAGGAGGCAGUGGACGGGCACUCUGCAUGGUGUGUGGGGCUGAGAUCCGGUUCCCAUCAGCAGACACUGCUCGUGCACAUAUCCUGGAGCAGCAUCCUCAUACCCUGGACCUGAGCCCCUCUGAGAAGAGCAACAUCUUGGAAGCCUGGAGUGAAGGGGUUGCUCUUCUGCAAGACAUCCAAGCUGACCAGCCAUCCCUGCCCAGCCUAGAGUCAGGCCAGGAUGGCCAGCCAGACCCCAUCUCCAACCCGGAUCCUGCCAGGAUGCCAGCAGAGAUCGUGGUCCUCUUGGACUCCGAGGACAACCCAUCCCUCCCUAAGAGGCUCCGGCCCAGAGGACUCCGCCCUCUUGAGCUGCCUGUUGCCCCUGUCAUAGAGCAAGGGAAUAAAAGGCCCCGUGGUCAGAGAUGGAAAGAGUCCCCUGAGGAUGAGCCUGCUAGAAAGAAGAGAAGCAGGCAUAUGUCCAAAAACUUGGACCCUGACCCAGACCCCCCAUCUCCUGAGUCACCCACAGAGACGUUCGCAGCACCAACUGAAGUCCGACAUUUCACUGAUGGCAGCUUCCCCCCUGGCUUCGUCCUCCAGCUCUUCUCCCACACGCAGCUCAGGACCACCGACAGUAAGGACUCUUCUAAUGACAGCAAAGCUGCCGAGGGCCUGCCCCAGCCACAAAGUCCCUCUUCAGCCUCCCCUCCGGGGCUCCGUGGGACACUGGAUCUCCAGGUUAUCCGUGUUCGGAUGGAGGAACCACCGGCCGUCAGCCUCUUACAGGACUGGUCCAAGCACCCCCAGGGCACCAAGGGGGUGGGAACAGGUGACAACCCAGACUGGCCCACGGUUCUGUCAGAAUCCAGUGCCACUGUUAAGGGACAUCCAGAGGCAGGAAGUGGAGUGUAGGUUUUUAGUUUUCUAGAGAGGGAGGGGUGGGAAGA